GUGAGAGGGAGGGGCAGUAAUUCCUAUGCCUGAAAAUGUGUAGGUAGAGUGAGAGCAUUAUGAGCAGUUUUGAUCAUUUGUUUAAAGUCCUUGUUGUGGGAGAUUCUACUGUGGGAAAAACCUCUUUGCUGCAGAGGUAUGUGCAUGAUGUUUUUGGCAAGGACUACAAGAUGACCAUGGGAGUGGAUUUUGCGCUGAAAGUUGUGCAAUGGUCAGAUGCAGAAACUGUAAGGCUGCAGUUGUGGGACAUUGCAGGACAAGAGAGAUUUGCUUCAAUGACCAGACUGUAUUAUAAGCAAGCAUCUGCUUGUGUGAUCAUGUUCGAUCUAACCAAUGCAGAGUCCUUCAGAAAUUGCCAAAUGUGGAAAGAUGACCUGGAUAAUAAAGUGACACUACCCAAUGGUGACUUUGUGCCCUGUAUAUUGCUCGCCAACAAGUGUGAUCUCUCUCCAUGGGCUGUCAGCAGAGAACAGAUUGACCAGUUUAGUAAAGAGAACAAUUUUAUUGGUUGGACCGAAACAUCUGUCAAAGAAAAUAUAAAUAUAAAUGAAUCCAUGAGAGUACUAAUUGGAAGAAUGAUGGCAUCAAAACAAUCUGGCAACUCUUCUUUUUCUACACAUGGAGAUUAUAUUAACUUGAAGGAUAUCCAUGAGGGUGGUACUGGCUGCUGUUAAAGGGAAUGUGCCACUUUACACAACUGACUGCUUUAAACAUACUAGUCCUAAACCAGCGGUAAUGCAUUUUAGCAAUGCACAAAUAAAUGGACAACUUUCCCAUGGACGUUUAGAGGAGGUGACCUUUGAAGGUGAUUGUUUUCCUUACAAACUUUAUAUUUGUGCUUGUUGCACUGAUGUCUUUUGGUGGCUGACAAGGUCAUACUUAUCCCCUAGUAUUCCCUGUAGAAUGGUACUGGUGUGCAAAUGUUAAAUAAUGUUACAGCUCAGAUCUACAAACUACUAAACAAAAUAAACUGAUUUAAA